GCCAUGAUAAUCAUUAAUCGUGGCGUUCCGGCCAUUUUGAUUCAUUCUCCACCGUGCUUCGGACAUGACAUUUCGAGUGUAACGUCUCGCGUCGUUGAACGCGGGGAAAGCGACGAUAGAAAGCCCGAAGAGAGCGAGGCGUUGUCGCAGAAGAAGCAAGCGCAGCAGCAGCCGUUUCAUCCGCAGCAACAGCAUCACAUCGGAGCAGGCCCGAUGGCGAACAUGGCGUGGCAGUAUCCGCCUAAUAAUAUGCACAACAUGUUUCCUCCGUAUCCGGGGCAAAUAUACAGUUCAGGGUAUCAAGGCGUGCAGCACCAAGGGCAGGUGUUCAAUUAUUAUCAUACAAUGAUGCCAGGAUAUGGUCAAACUUUUAAUCCACAGCAGCUACAGCAGCAGCAACACCACCAGCAGCAGCAGCAGCAGCAACAACACCAACAGCAGCAGCAGCAGCAGCAACAACAGCAGCAGCAGCAACAGCAGCAGCAAGGAAAUAAUCAAACAAAACAGCAGUUACAUCAACAACCUCCCAUACCUGGUACUCCCAUGGCUUUAGAUGAUGAUUCUGAUCUUCCUCCAUUGCCUCCUGGUCCACCACCAGCGGUACAAUCAACUCAACAGCAUAACAAUCAUAUGCAACAACAAUCGAUGACUUAUCCAUCAGGAUUGAUGUAUUCAUUUCCUUAUGGUAACUGGAAUGGAAUACACAAUGAUACUCCUCAAUACUCGAGCGGGCAAAUUCGUUUUAAUUUGCCAAACAAGAAAACUGGUCUCGGAUACACGCCAUCCGGCAAUAGUGGCGCUGCGAAGAAAAAACGUAAGCGGAACAAAAAUUUAGCAGCUCAAUUCAACAAUAGCUUUCAGGGAAAUGCUUCGACGAACAGCCCUAAUUUCAUACCUAACGGACCUAACGCAAAGCCGACGGAACUGCCGCCGCUGCCUCCCACGCAGUGCGAAGUGGCGGCUCCUCCGCCGCCUAGCGAAGAGCCACCUGGUCCUGUUGCAUCCGUUACCACGACAGCUAGUAACGCGGUUUCCAGCGCCGGCGCUGCUACUUCCAUCGGGGUCAUCCCCAGUCCGGUUGGGGAUUGGCCCGAUAGUCUGAAAAAUUACGUGAACCGAUGCUACGAAAAAUGUAAGACGGCAGUCGACAAGGAUCAGGUUGAAAUUAUAUUGAAAGGAAAAAUCACACGCGCUGCAAAUGACGGUUCGCUCUGGGUAAAGGACUGGGAUAAAGAGCCUCUGCCCAGCAUCCACAGCGAACGCAUGACUAUGACGAUCAAGCCUCAGAAACCGGCGUUAAAGCUGGCGAAUCCUCUGGCGAGCCCACUGGUCAAUGGUCAACAGGGAGGCUUGCGCAAGCCUGGUCUCUCCAGCUCACUCGGGGCUCGGCUUGGCGCGCGUCUCUCUGUGACACACAGCAGGCGGUCGAGGACUAGGUCCAAGUCGAGAUCUAGAUCGAGGUCAAGAUCAAGAUCUAAGUCAAGGUCGCGGUCCCAUUCGCGAUCGCGCUCGAGAUCGAGGUCAAGGUCAACGCGUUCGCGCACACGUAGCCCACCGUCACGCAGAUACAACAGACGUAGCACAUCCUCGUCGUCGAAUAUUAGCGAUCGAGAGCACGAUUACAAGGCGCUCAAAAUAAAAAAGUCCGCGCGCAGCAACAAUAAGGCAAAUCACAGCAAUAAGAAGAGCAAGAAGACUAAGCAGGCUAAGUCACAUUUCUAUUCCGAAUUUGGUUUAGCUACAGGCAAUACAGACGAGCUAGGCACCAAGGAGAAACUACAACAGCGUGCUGCCAGAUUCAACGAUGGCAUUUCCAGGACAGUGGUCAGCAGCAAUAUUAUUAGAGACGACCCAAAUACGGACUUUGAUUUUACUGGGCUCCAUAUCGUUGGCACAUGCAAGGAUCUAGAAAAGCCCUAUUUACGUCUCACAUCGGCUCCUGCCCCUUCUGCAGUUCGACCGGUAAGUGUACUUCAAAAUUCUUUGGCCCAUGUCAAGAAACGUUGGCUAGCCGAGCAGGACUAUAGAUAUGCUUGCGAUCAACUGAAAUCCAUCCGACAAGAUCUUACCGUACAAGGUAUCAGGGACUCGUUUACAGUUCAUGUAUACGAAACUCACGCCCGUGUAGCUUUAGAACGUGGCGAUCACGAAGAAUUUAAUCAGUGUCAGACACAGCUGAAAAUGCUGUAUCAGGAUCUCGGUGGCGAAAACCGAUGUGAAUUUAUUGCUUAUCGGAUAUUAUAUUACAUCUUUACGAAGAAUACUCAAGAUUUAACAACAAUUUUAGCAUCUCUUUCGGAAGAAGAUAAAAACGAUGAAUGUAUAAAACAUGCUUUGAAAAUACGCUCAGCAUGGUGGUUGGGUAAUUUUCAUGCUUUCUUCAAGCUGUAUAGAACGGCACCGCGAAUGUCUGCCUUUUUGAUGGAUUGGUUUGUCGCAAGAGAACGAAAGAAAGCAUUGAAAUUUAUGAUAAAGUCCUACCGGCAAAAUUUGGCGGUUCGUUUCGUCGUAGCGGAAUUGGCCUUUGAGUCUUUGGACAAGUUUUAUGAAUUUGUCAGUGAGUUCGGCUUGGUUUACGCCGAUCUCGUUCGACAACAAAUCGACUGCAAGGCAAGCAGUGGUAGUCUAGGUAGUUGGUAGAAGCCGAAAUCUACUCUCCUACCUUUAUCUCUCAUGGCGGAAGAUAAUUAAAACGCGAAAGAAAAGGGCCACACAUACAUACACACACCACACACACAUACACACCACACACGUGCAUCUAUAAUAAAUCUCACGUGUGUGUUGCAUUAUGUGUAUAUGCAUAUGUUUCGGACAUGCGUACAUUUGUGUGACGCAUAUGCAUAUAUAUAUACAUACAUAUUUACAUAAGUAUCUUCCAUUUCGCUGGUACGCGUAUCUCAAUUUGUAAAUUUUCCUCGCUCUUGGAAGCCCUACAUGUGUUGGCUCUGUCUUUCGCAAACGUAUCUUCAAAUCGUCGUCCCACAUCAAUUUCAUCACCGUCGGGCACAAAAUCGAAAGCUUGGAACUUCGACUACAGCUCCGACUGUGAAUUUGUACAUAUGUAUACGCUCCUUCGUUCGCGGUUUCCCCUUCUCCACGUGCACGUGUACAUAAUUACAAGAGGACAUAUAUGUGGAUCGCUUUGCCGGGGGCCCGUGGAAAUUGUACAAAAUCCGGAUGGAUCGCGUGUUUCCAUUAAUCCGGCGCUACCUCACUAAAAAAAAGAUUAAAUGAAAAAAAUCUCUUUAUAUAAUACAUGUCGAGAAUCAUAUUUACAACGUAAUAGGAUUUACGGUCUUCGCAAAAGAAAAAAAGCCCAUUUUUUCUCGUUUGUUCUUGGCUUGGAACGAUUCGUUGAUGAGAAA